AUGUGUGACUGCUUCUACCUUCGCCCGGGCAGCUACCAACCACUCUGUGGAAACGUGCCAUCGGAAGGCUUUCCCAAUCACCAGCACCCGCCAGUCGAGGGUUCACUUGUGGUCGCGUUCCUGCAACAUCUGCACGUGCAUCGGGUGCAGUACGCGACCGUGCUGCGGUGGUACGCCGUGUUGAUCAGCGCCAUCGAAACGGUGCUGCUGCUGCGUGCGUUGGUGUUUCGCGCUGGUUGGGAGCGUCGCCUGAAAUGGCGCCCGCUGUGGUACGUUCCGGAAUAUUUGCGAAUCAAUUUCGCCCUCGUAACGUCACUGCUCACCGUGUACGCCGGUGUGAUGGCGAUGGUUGGCUUGCUCACGUCUAAACCUCGUCUGCUCUUGCCCUACAUCGGUCUGCACCUGGCCACACUUACGCUGGAGCUGAACUAUCUCACGGCACGAACGCUGGCAGCGUUACCGUUUGGCAUCUCCGUGGCUGACUCCAGCGUUUGCCCUCAAACCGGGCCGAGCAAGUGGCAAUCGCUGGCAAUGGUCAUGCUGCUUGGCUUCCAUCUAUCGAUAGUGAUCGUGGCCUACCUGAACCAUAGCCUGCACCUGACCUAA